AACUUUUAGAUAACCAAGUUAUUUUUAGGGCCACAUGGUUGGCGUAGUGGUUAGCACUCUUUCCUUUGCAGCAAGAAGACCCAGAUUCUGGUUUCCUGCCACAGUCCAAACACAUGCAUUAUGGGGAUUAGGUAAAUUGGUCCCUCUAAAUUGACCAUAGGUGUGAGAGUGAAUGGUUGUUUGUCUCUCUAUGUGUCCCUGUGAUGGACUGCUGAACUGUCCAGGAUCUGUCCCCUGUGACACUCCUGUGGAGGAUACACUGGUAGAAAAUGGAUGGAUGGAAGUAAUUUUUAUGAUUUAUGUAUCACAUUAGUGCAUUAACUAGCUUAAUGCUGUGUUUCAAAUUGAUUUAAUUUAAUUUAAUUUAAUUUAAUUUAAUUUAAUUUAAUUUAAUUUAAUUUAAUUUAAUUUAAUUUAAUUUAAUUUAAUUUAAUUUAAUUAGUGUGUGUUAAUGUGCUAUGUAUAUCAUCAAAUUUGAAGCAGAACAUUUGACUAUAAAAGCCUGAAUGUGCGACACAAACCAACAAAGACAUGAAAUGAUUGAGUUCCUGAUAAAUUGUUUAUUUCCUUCUUUCUUCAUUUCUGCUUCAGUGAUUCAGCACAAAUGUGACCUGCUGAGAUAAAGAGGAGUUUAGUGUUUCCAUCCUGCUUUUUCUCUCUUACAUAAACACAGUACAUCUCAUUAAGUCAUUCUGUGGCCUCAUCAAAGCCUCGUAAGCAUUACAAACACUGUGUUUACGCUGUCUCUGCAGAGUGGAGGGGCAGCGUGAUGCUGGGUGAUAAAUCAGCCUCACUGCUCAUCUUCUGCACAGCUCCGCCUCUUAUCUGAUGGAUGGAAUGAGAGCACUGAGCUGGCCUGGAAAUGUGCUCACACUUUCCCAUCAGCAACAUUCAGCUCUAAAACUCAAGUGUCAUCCCUUCAACACAAACCCAGUAUGAAGUGACAUCAAUAGUUCAAACCACCGCCUGUAAUAAGGCGCACGCUCACGUCAGUGGAGGUGUUUACGCAGAUCUACGGCUCACUGUAACAUAAACAUGAUGUAUGUGUCAUAGAAAUCGUCACAGGAAGCUGCCUCUCAGUGACAUACAGACCAUAAAGAACGCACACACAAGGAAGAGCCUUCUCAAAGACGCCUCGUCUGUGCAGGAAUUACGAGCUGCCGUGAGAAGACUGAGUGAAGUUUUCAUUCAGAGAGUGAAGGAGCCAGAGGAGCCAUUUCAAAUCAAGACGCCACAGAACAUGGGCACCUGCCCCAUCAAGUGUUACACCAACCUGUCGAGCCUUGAUAAUCCACCUGAACCUGCACCAGAGCUCCAGGAAACUGCUGUUGUGUCCCUCUGUGACUACCCUUCCUUUGGUCACACAGAAGUGACCAUGUGCAUGGGGGAACGUCUCACCGUCUUGUCAGAUGACGGUGAUUUUGUGAUGGUGAGGUCGACGACUACAGGCCGCGACAGUUACAUUCCCACCAACUACACUGCCAUGGUGACACACAGGUGGAAGUUCACAGGCAUCAGCAGGUACAAAGCAGUGGAGCUGCUCCUGCAGCCCAACAACCAGAGCGGAGCCUUCAUGAUCCGAGAGUCAGAGACAAACCAAGAUUGUUACACACUGUCCAUCUUGAGGAGAACCAGCGCCUCAUAUUUAGAUAACGUGAAGCACUUCCGCAUCUCUCAGCUCCAAAAUGGCUGGUUCUACAUCUCUCCAGUUCUCACCUUCCCCUCCCUGCAUCACCUGGUGGAACACUAUACAGAGUCUGCAGAUGGGUUACCCUGUCGACUGAGAGAGCCUUGUUUCAUCCAGGGUUUGAGUAACAGAGAGGCCAGACCUGUACCUGUGGCUAUCAGGAGGCCGACCGUCAACUGGAAGGACAUCAGCAGGUCAAUGAUCUUCAGGAGGAAGAGGACAGAGUCAGACAACUCCCUGGUGAGCGAGGGGCUGAGGGAGGCCAUCAGCUCUUACCUGCAGAUGACGGAGAGCAGCGGUCACAGCUGGGACACGUGAGGAAAAACCGUGGAUCAGGCUGAGAAAGUCAAGUGUCACACACACACACAGACUGAGCAGUCUCAUCUGCAGUUUGGGGACGUCAGUCCCGGAGGUCACAUGUACUCGUCAUCACACACCAUACUGUGGUGGGAGGACGAUUGAGACACUACAACACAAGCCUGCAGCUGUGGGUGUUUUGUGUCUAAUGAGGCACACGGAGUCAGAGUGAGCUGAAACUGUGGUCACAUGUGAUUAUUAACAAGUGCCGCUUGAAUGUGCACGGUGACAUCUUUGUACUAUUGGGUGUGUCUUUGGGAUCCAAUAGUUCUGAUAAAAUGUAAACACUUAAAUUACUCAAUUUAAACUUUCAAUGACCAACAGUUGUGGUUUGUCUUUGUGGCUGCAUUACAGAGCACUUCUUCUUCUUCUUCUCCUUUGGGCCUCUCCCUUUAGGGGUCACCACAGUGGAUAAUCUUCUUCCAUCUUGUCCUCUCCCUUGUGUCCUCUUCUGUCUUCUCUUCUGCAGCUCCAUCCUCAACAUUCUUCAACGUUGACUCUACUUUAUCUCCAAACUGUCCCUCAUAUGUGCUCAUUUCUCUAACCCUGUCCCUCCUGGUCUGCUUCCUAUAUAUUUUAAUUAGAAAAAAUAAACAAAUAAAUUAAACUAAAAGUCAACUAAACUGCUGCAUCUAUCAAGUUUCUGAGAAUAAAAAUGCAUGCAAGUAAUAAUCAGCUGAUGAAUCAGUUUCCCGCUAGUGUAUGUAUGUGUAUGUGUAUGAUAAUGACAAAGAUGUGACAUGAAAGGUCAAGUGUGAAAAUGUAGAUGUAGUAACAUCUAACUGUGAGACUGCAGGCAGUAACUCACAGUGGCCUUCACAGACCAGGGAGGAUGUCAUUCUUUAUUUGUGAAAAGCAGCUGUAGAAACAUUGCAGCUCAAGAUGGCAGCCUCUGGAAAACCUUGAGCUCCAUCCUCACUUGUUGUUCCUCUGUUACAUGUUAGGUGAGAUGGUUUUUUUUUUUUUUAAAGCAUUUGUGUGCAGUGUUUUUUAACUGCUUGCUAUUCCUGUGCAUGUCUGUAUUACUCAUUGUGAAGCAUACUGUUUAAAAUGCUUUCUUUUUUUCUCGUUUAUUAUAAUAUAAGCAUGUCAUUCUUUUAUACAGGAUAUUGCAAAACAAAUAGCACUUUUUGAGCUUUUUUUUGUUAUUACUUUCAGCUCUAUAUUUGUAUAAUUUAUUUUCUUAAACUUUAUUACUUUGCCACCAUUUUGUAUUAUUUGUAUUAUUGUUCUAGUGCCAGUCCCAGGUUAUGUCAUGAAGGGCAUCUGUGUAAAAACAAUUCUCCACCAAAUCAAAUACACAGUUUAUUCGCUGGGGCAACCCCUAGACAAGGAGAAGACACAAGGACAUUUGUUUUAUAGGUGGAGGCUUGUGGUUUUUUUUUUGUCUCCCUGCCCUGUAAUUGUAUCGUUUUAUGUUCGCAUAUACUGUAUGUAAAUUGUGCAAAAACUAAAAU